UCCCAUUCAAGGAAAAAGUUCCUAGUCUUGUUAACCACUAUUCUUUCCUUCUGCUAACAAGCAAAAGUAUUCUUUUCGAUAAUCUAUUGAAUUUUGUACGCUGUUGUUGAAUUUCUUGAGAGAAACAUGGCCGGAAAAGGUGACGGGCCUGCAAUCGGGAUCGAUUUGGGGACGACCUACUCGUGUGUCGGAGUUUGGCAACACGACAGAGUCGAGAUCAUAGCUAAUGAUCAAGGAAACAGAACGACGCCGUCCUAUGUUGCCUUUACUGAUACGGAGCGUCUCAUCGGUGACGCUGCCAAGAAUCAGGUGGCUAUGAAUCCCACCAACACUGUUUUUGAUGCCAAGCGAUUGAUAGGAAGGAGGUUCAGUGAUUCGUCAGUGCAGAAUGACAUGAAGUUGUGGCCCUUUAAAGUGAUUGCUGGUCCUGGUGACAAGCCAAUGAUAGUGGUGAACUACAAAGGCGAAGAAAAGCAGUUCGCAGCUGAAGAAAUCUCAUCGAUGGUGCUCAUAAAGAUGAAGGAGGUUGCGGAGGCCUAUCUUGGUACGACAAUCAAGAAUGCGGUUGUUACAGUUCCAGCUUACUUCAAUGACUCGCAGCGUCAGGCAACUAAAGAUGCUGGUGUCAUUGCUGGCCUGAAUGUUAUGCGCAUCAUCAACGAGCCCACAGCUGCUGCCAUUGCUUACGGGCUUGACAAGAAAGCUACUAGCGCUGGUGAAAAGAACGUUUUGAUCUUUGAUUUGGGCGGUGGUACUUUUGAUGUUUCUUUGCUCACAAUUGAGGAGGGUAUUUUUGAGGUCAAGGCUACAGCUGGUGAUACCCAUUUGGGAGGUGAGGACUUUGAUAACAGAAUGGUUAAUCACUUCGUACAGGAGUUUAAAAGGAAGAACAAGAAGGAUAUCAGCGGGAGUCCAAGAGCAUUGAGGAGGUUGAGAACUGCUUGUGAAAGGGCAAAGAGGACCCUCUCGUCAACUGCUCAAACUACAAUUGAAAUUGAUUCUUUGUACGAGGGUAUUGAUUUCUACACAACAAUCACAAGGGCGAGAUUUGAGGAGCUGAAUAUGGACUUGUUUAGGAAGUGUAUGGAACCUGUGGAGAAGUGUUUGAGGGAUGCCAAGAUGGACAAAAGCAGUGUACAUGAUGCUGUACUUGUUGGAGGAUCAACUCGGAUUCCCAAGGUUCAGCAAUUGUUGCAGGACUUCUUCAAUGGGAAGGAGCUCUGUAAGAGCAUUAACCCUGACGAGGCCGUUGCUUAUGGUGCUGCUGUACAAGCUGCAAUUUUGAGCGGUGAAGGCAAUGAGAAGGUGCAGGACUUGUUAUUGUUGGAUGUUACUCCACUGUCCCUUGGUCUGGAAACUGCUGGUGGAGUUAUGACUGUUUUGAUUCCCAGAAACACAACCAUCCCCACAAAGAAAGAGCAAGUCUUCUCGACCUACUCAGAUAACCAACCUGGAGUUUUAAUUCAGGUCUAUGAGGGUGAGAGAGCAAGGACCAAAGACAACAACUUGCUGGGAAAGUUUGAAUUGAGUGGUAUUCCUCCUGCGCCUAGGGGUGUUCCUCAAAUCACUGUUUGCUUCGACAUGGAUGCAAAUGGUAUCCUUAAUAUCUCUGCUGAAGAUAAGACCACUGGUCAAAAGAACAAAAUUACCAUCACCAACGACAAGGGCAGGCUUUCCAAGGAAGAGAUCGAGAGAAUGGUGCAGGAGGCAGAGAAGUACAAGUCUGAAGAUGAAGAGCACAAGAAGAAGGUGGAUACGAAGAAUGCCCUAGAAAAUUAUGCUUAUAACAUGAGGAACACAAUAAGAGAUGAGAAGAUCAGUGCCAAGCUUGAGCCCACCGACAAGAAAAAGAUUGAGGAUGCUGUAGAGGAGGCCAUCAAGUGGCUUGACAGUAAUCAGCUAGCUGAGGCAGAUGAAUUCGAGGACAAGAUGAAGGAGCUGGAGAGCCUUUGCAAUCCCAUCAUAGCCAAGAUGUACCAGGGUGGUGCUGAUGGUGGUAUGGGGGGAGCUAUGGAUGAGGAUGGUCCAUCUGUUGGCGGUGGAAGUGGUGCAGGACCAAAGAUUGAGGAAGUUGAUUAAAGAUAAUGAUCAGGCGAUUUUGCAGUGCACAAUACUGCUUUUGUUGGCGAUAGUUAUGAAUUGGGCUCCUUAUGCCCCCUUUUCUUUUUA